AUGUUCUGGAUCUGCACUUCUCUUCUUGGUUUUGUCACUCUAGUGAUAUUUUCUCUGUCUGCCAUAAUCAGCGAAUGCCGUACACAGCUGACCAUUAACCUGAUCUCGUGGAAGCUGACCACGCUCGAGAAUAUGAUGCUCUGCCAGACGCAAGAGUGCGUGUGGCAGCGCUCGGUCCUGGUGCACAUGAAGGACGCAAAUGUUGCGAGGAUUGCCACCCAGGUGGCCGAGUUUUAUAGUGCGACGAUUGAAAACGGAUUGCAGAGGUUGCUAACACAAUUCCAGGGGCUGGGUGGACCACUUCAAGGUCAAGAGACUGUUCUUCCUGGCGGAAGCGCAAACGAAGAAGGUUGAGUGUCUAGCUGGUGCCUAUUACGGAGAUGAAGUCGCUAGGCUGCAGGCAGUGCAGGAACUGUGCAACCAGGCGCAAGA